UAUUGGAUCUUGAUUGGAUGGUAUGGCUUUGCAGUGGCAGUGAAAUUAGACGCAACGCAACUUUCCGUCGGGUGUUUUGAUUCACCCCACAGGAUAUCGCGAGAAACGUGAGAUCCGUCGGGCGGCAUUCAGAAAAUCCCGCGACGCUUUAUGUAUCUCGGAAGCGAAUUUUCCCCCCGGGAAAAUCCAGUUACGGCCCAUUUGCAGCAUAUUUCAAGUGUCCCUGUUCGAAGAGUGUGUGUGCGCGCGUGUUAGUGAGUUAACGUCGAGUGUACAACACUCAAUUUGAUUACUUUCUAUUAUUAUAAUCAUUACACAAACAUCCAAUUGAGUGAACGUGUUAAGGAGCGGAAUGGGGGUGGGAUGUUAUCCCAGCCGGUGAGGAUUUCGUGUAUGGUGGAUGUUAAAUGAAAAUUGUCACUGCUUGGAGUGCAACUGUGGCGAAUGUCAUUAUCGUUUGGUGAGCCAUACAAGCUGGUUCAGCUCCAGGAUUCUUGCAGUCGAACCGAGACUUGUCCUCCGCGAGUCGACGGACCAAGUGGUAAUGUUGCAGUGAAUAAAUGUUGGGACUGUUUAACUAAAACGGUUUUGCUAGCAGUGGGAGCGUUGGGGAUUGUGUAAAGGAUACCAUCACGUUGCAGACUUACUGUGUAGCAAGAGUGGAUUACAUAUGGCAGAAAGUUCGCAAUGACUGCAGAUAGUUGUUUUCUCGAAGCGACAAACGUGCAUACGUGGAUAAAUUGUUAAUGAUACAGUGGAAUUCAAUUUAAACUUUUAUUAUAUCAUUUCGGUGAACUGUUGUCAACGAAAGUUCGAAUAGUGCAAUGCGGAUGGUGCUUUUGGAAUAAGUAAAUGUUGUUAUUUUGUUCCGCAAACCAACAAUCGCCACGUAAAUAAAAUAACUGCGAACAGAUAAGGCUAUAGUUCCUACAAUGUACAUGGCGUAGGACAAAAAGAAUCAAAUUCAGGUCAUCUACACUCAUUAAAAAAAAUUCAACCACAAAGAAAUGGAACAGUUGGCCCACUUCGUGACUAAAUCGUUCGAGUACAACAACAGUCGGGUGUUGGACAUCCUCAACAUGGGCACCGGGGGUCGACUGGGUGAAGGAUUCCUGGCUCGGAGCAACGAUCCCGAGCUAAUGUCAAACAACAGCAGCAGUGCGAGUGUUGGUGAGAGCGGUGACCUGGAGGAAGAAAUUCAUCUUGGCCACACGCUGAGCCAACGACAACGCACGGUGGAGGCCGUUUCGCUGACCGGCCAUCAGCAGCGGUCCGAAGACGAGGACGAAGAAUCAAUCGAGAUCGAAAUCACAGACUUGUCAUACAGCAGUGGGGGCGGAGUUAUGGGUAGUGUUGUGCAAAGUGAUAGAGCGAGGGCCACGUCUCUCGUGCAGUCGGUUAUCGGUGGCAGGAAUUCGAUUAGUAAUAACAAUAAUAACGACAGCAUGAUUAGCAAUCGAAAUGAAACGAGUGUUAUCCGGAGAUAUGACAAUAAGAAAAGUGAUCACGAGAAAAUGGAUGACGUGGGAAUGGGGACGACUCUCACUAAAACUCCGGUGAACAAGAAGCACACACCGAAGAAUUGGUUGAUUGCGGAUUUAGUGGAUGAAAAAGAUGACCAAACUGACAAGACGAAACAAGACGUUGCCUUAAAUCUAGUGCGUUUGAGGCCCGAACCCACCACUUACAAGUCUACCGAUACGAACCUACUUGUUCGCCCGAAACCCGCCUCCGAGCUGCUGAAGCAAAGUGUUGAUCUAAUCAAUGGCCAUGGUUAUCCACCCGCGUCUCCGCAUUCAAUCCUCUCACAUUCGCACGGCGAAAGCAAUACCCAUCAGACACACAACGGUAGCAACGCCGACAACGAUUCCGACACAGACAAACGGGACACAAUUUCCCCGGAUGAUCACCACGAUGACUCGAAUGACCCAAAUAGUGCGUCCGAAGACAAGCUAAAGUCAUCGCCGGGACCCACGGAUUCAGCUCUCGGUAGCCACGGGUUGUCCAAUCUAGCCAACAACAAGCAGCGUCGAUCCCGCACUAAUUUCACCCUGGAGCAGCUGAACGAGCUGGAACGGCUGUUCGAGGAAACCCAUUACCCGGAUGCGUUCAUGAGGGAGGAACUUAGCCAGCGGCUGGGAUUGAGCGAGGCGAGGGUUCAAGUUUGGUUUCAAAAUAGACGGGCCAAAUGCCGGAAGCAUGAGAAUCAGCUGCAUAAAGGUAUCAUCCUGUCGAGUCACAGUCCACCGGUAACAACUCCGCUGGAACCAUGCCGGGUUGCGCCGUACGUGAAUGUUCCCUCGCUGCGCAGUUCUGCUGUCAAUGUGGGAGCCAACUCCUCACCCGGUGGGGUCAACACCGCCAGUACUCAUCCCGGAUUUUCCGCUGCUUUCUCGGCCUUUGACACAGCAUUCAUCUCAGCAGCAGCCCAUCAGUAUGCGGCUGCGCUGUCCUCAGGUACGGUCCCAACGGGUCUGUUCUCUCUGUCCCAAUAUCGGCCCGCGACAAACGGUCUGGCAGCGGCAGCGGCAGCAGCAGCGGCUGCCGCAGCUUCGGUUUCGCUGCCCGGAUUCACCGUUGCGCACGAUAAAAACUCCAGCAUCGUCGACCUGCGGCUGAAGGCCGAAAAGCACAAAGAGAACCAGAAGAAGAUUGUAAAUAACGUUUCGUAAGACAAGGCACGUAUCCUCGUAAUAGGGGGAGUCGCCGCGAUGAAUGUGUGUUUGUAAUUCAUAUUUGUUCUACCGUUCACCGGAUUCAUUCAAUUUGCGAAUUUAUUUAAUUUACAAUUUAGAUUUUUUCCGUAUAUCGCAUCCGAUAGUCUUCGUCCUUUAUCCAGGAUCACAUUCGUACACUGAAGUUGCAUUUUGCUAUAAAUGAACGAGAUCAAGAUAGCGACGUUAAUGAAACAAUAAUUAAUAAUUAAAUAGUCUUAGUGUGAGAGAAAGGCGGAGAUGUGUGUAU